AUGAGCGACAAUACACCGAAGCGUGAGUUUGGUUCCGGGUGCCGUGGAACGCCGGACGUGAUUGACAAGUACUUGGAACAGCUCGGUUUCUACCGCAAGCAUGUUGCUACCGAUUCUACCUCGCUGUUCCGUGUAGUUUCGGAACUGUGCUACGAUAUCCAGCUGUAUCACGGCAAGGUUCGCGAGGAAUGUGUGAAGUUCAUGCGCAGGAAUAGGGCAAUGUUCACCAAGGACAUACGAUACGGUUAUGAUAUGUACUUGAACAACCUUUCCCGAACGCGUACGUACGGCGGUUUGUUGGAGCUGAGAGCACUGGCAUUGCUGCACAAAGCGAAUGUGUUCCUGUUCGAACCGUACAUCCAAGGCAAGUGGUACAUGCACAAUCCGAAGAACAAGGUGACCUGGAGAGUUUUUAUCGGUCGUGACAAUCAUUUCGAUGUGGUUUACCCACUCGAGUACAUGAAGACGGCAGCAGAGUGCCAAGCGAUAGUGUAUAACAUACUUUACACGAAGGUACUACGCCUGCCUGACGUCGAGUACGCCGUCGAGCGUAUGUUGCACGAUCCGGAGGAUAAGCUGAUGAAGUACGAAAAGAACACAGACGGCUCAACUGUUGCCACUACCGAAGUCGGGCAGCGGCUGGAGCUGCAAAAAACUAGACACGGUACCAACUGUGUGCUGUUGUAUCCGCAUCUGUGUCACUUUCACAACCAAAAGAACUUUUUCGCCAUCGAGCGAUUUUUCAACGAGCGCGGCCCGGAGGAAGGUUGUCGGGUGUUCAUCAGCGAUACGUUCCGUCACGGUGGCAGCAAAACGAACCCGCUGCUACGGGAGCCGAAAAUUUCUUGCGUCCGGCAGCUGCUUACCCUCGGCAUUACACCGUUCCCGUACAAGGCGGCCAAAUCAAUCGAUCCGAACAUCUAUCGCAAUGUGGAGUACGAUGUGUGGCUAGAGAUGCGAGAGGAAAGGAUGAUCGAAUUGCUAAUGUGUGACAAAAAAUUUCGUGAGGCAGCAAAGCAAAGCAAACGGAUUAAACCUGUUAAUCGCCUGAUCCAGAUCAAGAAAGUUACUCAUGCUUUGGAACAGCUAAAAAUUGAAAAGCCUACACCUGUGCCGGAAACGGAAGCUAUAGUGUCUACCAGUAAAGGAUCGGACUCCGCGCUCGCUUUGGCACCAUAUCCAAUGCAAAGCAUCUAUUAUCCUACGCCCGAUCCGUAUACUCUCAACGCUUUUGGCUAUAUGACUGCCGAUGCAAACCGGCUGACGUUUAGCGAUCCGAUCGGUGUACCAACAGCAGCCUGCCUGUUCAAUAAUUUCCAAGCAUCACCGCCAUUGCAGUUUCAUGCACCCUCACCGCUGGCUCAGCUUCAACAGGCACCAUCGUCAUCGCUAGCUCAGCUUCAACAAGCAACGUCUCCGCUGAUGCAGUUUCAACAGGCACCAUCGUCCCCGCUAGCUCAGCUUCAACAGGCACCAUCGUCCCCUCUAGCUCAGCUUCAACAGGCACCAUCGUCAUCGCUAGCUCAGCUUCAACAAGCAACGUCUCCGCUGAUGCAGCUUCAUCAGACACCAACACCAACCGUACAAAGCAAUGAAUCGCUGGCAAUGCCGGAUCUUAUAACAUGGUUGCCACACACGCUGAACCACCAACCGAAUGUGAUGAUGUUUGACUCACCGUAUCAAUCCCCGCAGCAGCAGCAUCUGCCGUAUCUGCAACAAUCACCGCAACAUCAGCUGCACCAACGAGAGCAGCAGCAACAGCAACAGAUUGCUAAACCAUUGCUGCCACGAUGUCUGUUCCAUUUUCCAAACGGAACCGAAGCAAACAUAUCGAUGACGUACGAUCCCAAUCCUUGCACUCCACUGCCACCGGGGAUUUGGCGAUUUUAA